AUGGCUUCCUUUGAGGUAACUCGUGACAUCCGAGGUGCUGCCCAGGACCCAAAGAGAGCAAAGGAAAAGUAUGCCAAGUGGGCCAACGGCACUCGCCCAUCAUCUGGCUGCAAGUAUAGCACAAUGGAUUUCGAGACAAUUGUAGGUGGAAGUGAAAGCCAGCGUGCCAAGGUGCGGCCGGGGCGCUCAUUCGACAAUAGCUUCUCCCACGGCCGCUCUCACAACAUUGUAAAGCCCAAGUUUGUACACGACGUAAAGCCAAACUACUCCCGCGCAAAGGUCGACGCCAUGGAGGAGCUGAUGGAUCCGGCCAUUUCCCGCUCGCUGAUUGAGCUUCUGCCGUCACCGAACCGGAGUAGUCGCAAACCCCAGGUCACGGACGGUUUCCUUUACAGCUUUGACCGAAAGGACUCGCCCGGCCGGCCCUUGUCGCUCGAGGUCUUUGUCAAAACCAAUACCAAGGAGACGGAAAAGCUCGUCGAGAAGGAAUACGAAAUACUGGAUAACAAUGGCGACGCGUUGAAGGGCCGAAAGGCUCGUCGGAACCUUCGUCGCCAGGGCGGCUCGGUCCCCCUGACCGAGGAACCGUCGGUUGUUGAGGACGAUGGCUUCGAGCUCAUCUAA